ACGGAGACGUGCCAGCGCAGAGCUUAGAUGGCGUUACCGCUUCUCAGGGAUGGAAUGCGGCUCUAAUCUGAUAAGCACUCUCCUCCAUACGCUACUUCCUUGUUUUAUUUAGUUUGUGCUACAGUCAAUUUCAGGACUCGUCAAAACCCAGUACCUCUACUUUGAUUCACUCGUGCUGUGCUGGUUACGUUUUCAAGUUUUGUAUGGUAAUCUGUGUAUAGGUUAUAAAAUGGUCAUAAAUAAUACACAACGAACGUAAGCGAACCUUAUCCUUGCAUAAAUUGUCGAAUGAUAGUUUUAUCCAUCUACAACAAUAGUGAGGUGAUCGGAAAUACUACAGUUAGGGUGAAAGAAAAUUCUUCAGUGACUUUAUUUACGAAACUCGAGUGCACUUUCAACCAACGAAUUCAGUUGCUUUCAACAUUACAGUACAUCGGUAUGACAUAACUAGGAAACAGCAUGGCACGGGUGCGGGUUCCAGGCUCUCUUACUAUUGUAUUAGUGAUUAUUUUCACCCUCCUUGUUAUCAUCUAUCACAUACUAAGUAAUGAAGUCGAUGACAUAUCCUCUGGAAAAGUGGAUGUCCGGUUAAAAGUUGAAGAUAUUUAUCCUUUGAGCCCUUUCACUGACAGUGCAAAGGAUAUCGCUCGCCGUCAGAGACUCGAAGCAGAAAUACUCGAAAAUGUGAGGAACAAAGUAAACUCUAAUGCUUUGAAAUAUGAAAGAAACUACAAAGAUAAUAUACCGCUUUUCCAAGGACAAAAAAUUGUACACCUAGAUUUGAAAGGUGCACCUCCGACUAUUAAAUACUACAGAUAUCUCUUUCCCUUGCUCAAAAAACUUGGUGCUACAGGGAUCCUGGUGGAAUACGAAGACAUGUUCCCUUUUACAGGCGAAAUAAAAAAUAUAAGUGCUCUGAAUUGCUAUACUCACCAAGAAAUUGUUGAGAUACAAAGACUAGCAGAAGACAAUGAUCUUGAAGUCAUUCCACUGAUACAAACCUUCGGUCACUUCGAAUUCGUAUUGAAGUUAGAUAAGUACAAAGACAUGAGAGAAGUCAGCCACUAUCCUCAAGCCCUAUGCCCGUCGCACAACAGAACAUUGCCUUUGCUUUAUGAGAUGCUCCAACAAGUUAUCGAUGCUCAUCCUACAAUUAAAAACUUUCACAUUGGAGCUGAUGAAGUUUAUCAGCUUGGAGAAUGCUCCAGAUGUUUAGAAAGAAUGGCUAGACAUCAGUGGGAAAAAAAACAACUCUUCCUGUCUCAUGUCGCUAAAGUAGCUAAUUAUAUCAAGAAGAAAUAUCCUUCCCUCACAAUUCUUAUGUGGGAUGAUGAAUUCAGAGAAAUAUCUCCCCAAGAAAUCAUCGACAGAGGAUUAGACAAGUUGGUAGAGCCCGUUGUCUGGAAAUAUACAACAGACCCUCAGUCCACACUAACAGAACUUUUAUGGGAUAAUUAUGCUCGUAUUUGGCCAAACAGUAUCUGGAUUGCAACUGCAUUUAAAGGUGCAACUGCUCCAGAUCGGUAUUACACAGAUAUUUCAUAUCACAUCAAAAACCAUGAAGGUUGGCUGGGAAUUAUCGCUAGAUAUUCUCAUAGAAUUAAAUUUAAGGGAGCUCUUCUAACCGGUUGGCAGAGAUAUGAUCAUUUCAGUGUCCUCUGCGAGCUGCUACCGUCUUCCAUUCCCUCCCUGGCUAUAAGCUUAGCUGUUCUUCAAUCACCUGAUAUGAACUUGUUCCCACCUUAUCUGCCCAGUCAUAUUAAGGAUAUUCUCAGCUGUGAAAGUAUGAUUGCACUGAAUGUGCCUGAACCACAAUUCGCGUGGACUAAGUGUGACUUUCAUGGCUCAAUGAUCUAUGCUGCUACCUUAAGACUUUUCACUUUGAGCCAGGAAAUUGCUAAAAUGGAACAAGAGAACACAUACAAAGGAUGGCUCAAAGAAUACAAUUUGAAACACGCAUUUUCUAGUCCCAGUCACGUAGAACACGCUGUGGCCAGACUUGGCGAACAUAAAAUGGAGAUUCUAUAUAUUGAAAACGAAAUGCGAACGGCUAUGGAAGGAAUUUUUGAUAACUAUACAAUUGACGAGUGGAUCGAAACCCACACUGAUCCCCUUAGUGAAAAAAUAACGAAGCUCUGGGAAGCUAAGGAGAGAAUAUUAGAGCGCGAUAAUUGGCCAAGGCGACCGUUACCGAAAAAUGAGCUAUGAACAAAUAUAUAUAAACUUGAUAAAUUCGACUAUACGUAUUAUCCUGUAGUUUGUCGUAAACUCCGAGUAGACAAACCGAGAGAAGAACGCAUGGAUAAGAUUUAAAUCUGAAUAAUUAUUCUUAUUGUUGUAUUAGUCUCACAUAAUGUGAUGUGAUAAGACAUCAAAUGCCCGAACUAUUAAAGAGGCUCAUUCGUUUCCGGAUUAUCAGGGCACCUCGAAUCUAGUGUUACAGUUAUUGAAUGAUUUUUUACUAAUCCUUUAAUGACCUAUUGUAGUGGAUGUAUUUGCGCGUGUAGUUUAUGACGCAUUCAUAAAGAUUCGAACGCUUCUAAUAGCAGUAUAUAAAUUUUUACUGAUUUCUUAAAAAACAAAUUUUUGUCUAGACUGCAGAAUAAAUUUUCAUGUUGAUAGCAAUGCUCAUUAUCUCCAAACAACGUCGUAUCGUUACUUUUAUGUUUGCUGGAUUAACGAUGAGUUUUCAAUUUAAUUAUUGCACUCGUAUUCAUAAAAUUGCUAUGCUGAAUUUGCAAUAUUUGUAGUCCAAUAGGGUAAAAAGAUUUAUGAUUCAUUUUCGCACAACCUAAAAGUACAUAGAUAUAAUACAUAAAUAUAUACAAAGUAUUUAGACAUACUAAUAUGUAUGAUAUUAUAGGAUAAUAGAGAUUACAUUAUUAGAAGAGUUAUUAUUAAAAAAAUUAUGCGAUCAAUCGGUAUCACACAUCUACUAAGUUUUUAAUUCAGUGUAGGUCGAUUAAAAAAGAACAAAAUAAAAUAGGUCACAAGUACUAGAUAUGAUAAGAUAAUAAGUGAUAAAAUUUUACACAAACUAUAUUUCAUCUGAUUUUGCAUAAAGCAAUUAUGCCAUCGAUGAGUCAUUUUACUUUUUUAUUUAAUUUUUUUAACUUCUGCAUCAUCAUUGGUUGUAGGUAUACAAGUGAUCGUCGUAAAUAAAAGAGACUAGGAUGUGUUGUGGUAAAUUCGGCUCGAAUUUGAAUAGAUAUCAAGUACAUUUAUUCCUUAUUGGAUAAUGUAUUAGAAUGUAAAUAUUGUAACUAACAUGAUAUUAAUAAAUCUUGAUCUUUAUAACUUA